AGUAGUCUGUUCCCGAAGGCCGAGUGCGGCCUGCUCGUUGUGGUGAGCGUCAGGGACACCCUGUCUCAUGCGACACCAUGCAAACACCAUGCACCGUCCAAGGAGUCCGCCACAAGAUGGUCGUAUCGAGGGGUACCGGACGCUCGCUGAUGAUACACAGUUCGGAGGAGCCGAGCGCGCCUGGAGCAGAAGCUGCCGCAAGCAUGAUUCGCCAAUUCGUCGAGUGUGACGCAGUGGCUUCUUCACACAUCCACCCGCGUGACACGCUGCCAUGUUUGUUGACGAUGCUGAACUACACCAAGGCUGAGUGCAACAGUGACACAGACAACGCGGCAACUGCCUUUCGAGGCUACACGCGAGUGGGCAUCCUGCUGCCUCGAACUGCAAGGAGUGUCACACGUCAUCGUUGGAAAUGUACCUGAGCAACACCGUCGGCUACCAAGUCCGUGUCACGAAACAGCUGCUAACGAACUGCUGACGUAUAUUCGCCUGUACAGUGGGCAUCCUGAUACGUCGAACUGCAAGGAGUGUCACACGUCAUCGUUGGAAAUGUACGU